AUCUAAAUAACGAGUUUCCUUCUAAACUGUAUGUCGGCCCCAAAUUUCCCCCACCAGCGCCUUUCCAUCCCCUGGCCUCCUGUCGCCCCAUUCUACCCCCCCUAGCUCCUCCGCCAUCCACUCCCCACUGCACCAUGCCGCUUGUACCGCUGCGCGUUGCGCGGCCCUCUCUGUCGUGCCGCCGCUCAUCGCCGGUGCACCUCGCGCCUCUCGCUCCGAGUUCUCAGCGUCCGCUGCGCGCAACCGCUGCGCGGACCACAGCAGCAGCGCUCCGCCAAGAAUUCUCCCCCACCCCGUGCUCGGCCGCCGCUUCUCGCGUGCGCCAGCCUGUUGCUUGCCGCUCGGCGGCGGAAGCGGCGGGCUUGGCGUCGUUUCCGUGGGAGAAUGCGGUGGAGGGGGCCGGGGAGCGGGGCGGGGAGGAGGAGUGGGGAAGGGAAGCCGCGGCGGCGGCAGCGGGGGAUGUAGAGGUUGACGUGGCUAUCGUCGGCGCUGGGGUGGUGGGGCUCUGUAUAGCUGACGCACUGCUGGCGUCAUCGCCGAGUACCAGGGUUGCCGUGAUUGAUAGUUCUUGGCCGUGCGCCGGGGCAACAGGGGCAGGGCAGGGCUACAUUUGGAUGGGUCAUCGGACGCCGGGCAGCAUGACAUGGCAGUUGGCGGCGCACAGCAAGCAGCGGUGGGAGCACAUGGCGGGCGAGCUGGAGGACGACCACCGGCGGCUCGCCGGCUGCACCUUGGGGCUGGGCCGCAUGCACACAGGCAGCAUGCUGGUGCCAUCGCACCCGUCCCACGCGGCCCCUCUCCUGCAGCACCACCACGCGCUGCAGCAGGCGGGUCUGCCCGCGCACCUGCUGUCGCCCGCCGCCCUCGCUGACGCCGAGCCCGCCCUGCAGCUGCCCGCAGGUGCCAUGUCCGCACUGCUGCUGCCGUCCGACUGGCAGCUCGACGCCACACUCGCCGUGCACGCCCUGCUCGCUCGCUGUCGCCAGCACGCCUCCUCUGGUCGCUACGUGGAGCUCUUUCAAGAGAGCGUCUCCACCUUCCUCUGGGCGCCAGAAGGCAGCAGGGUGGUGGGGGUGGCAACGGCUCACCGCCGGGUGCUGGCAACGCGGGCAGUGGUGGUGGCCACGGGGUCCUGGUCUUCCGGAUUCAUGGCCCACGCCCUCAACCACUCCUCUCCCGCCUCCUCCGCCGCGCCUCAAGCGGCUCAGCAUGGCAGCAGGCCCCAGGAGAGUAGCCCAGGCAGCAGCGCAGCAAGCGGCAGCAGUCCUGGUGGCGGGGAGCAGGGCGCGGUGGUGCCUCACGUGCGGCCACGCAAGGGCUUUCUGCUGCAGCUCGUGGACCCGCCCCCCGCCCUGGCGCUGCGGCACGGGCUGAUGGAGUUUGACUACACCGCCAAUUACGCCCCCGCGCCCUCCUCCCCGCCCCACCACUCCCCCACCCCGCACUCUGGGGGCUCCUCCACCGCUGCCCCCGCCCUGCCAUCCGCUCCCCCGCCUGCUGCCAUCUCAAUGACGGCCACGUGCGACCACCACGGCCAUCUGCUCAUUGGCAGCAGCAGGGAGUUCGCUGGAUUCAGUGUGGCGCCCCACGCGCCCACCAUUGCUGCCAUUCUGCGCCGCACAGCCCACUUCCUGCCCGCCCUCACGCACCUGCUGCUGCCACACGAGGGAAGGGGGGCGUGGGGUGAGGGGGAGAAGGGGGAGGAGGGGCGGCAAGCUGAGGACGAGGCGAUUGCUGCUCGGGUGAACGUCAUUCGCACGGGGCUGCGGCCAUACGUGCCGGAUGGAAGGCCUCUGAUUGGCCCUGUGGAUUCGCUCCCAGGGGUACUGUUUGCAUUGGGCCAUGAGGGGUCAGGCCUCUUAAUGGCCCCAGGCACGGCUGACAUGAUCAUGGCGUAUCUGGGGCGAGGCAGCAUGCCGGUGGAUCCGCAUCCCUUCCAGCCUCAGGGCCGCCUCCUCACCCUCCACCAGCUGCAGCACAUGCGGCCUUGAUGCUCUAGUCUUUCACGUGCCAGUGCUGUGUGUGCUGGCAGGGUGUGGUGGUGAGCCCGUUCGAUAUUAAAAGCAAGUGUCCACUUCCACUGCUAGCAGGACAAUAUGUCCCGUUGUUGGAAUGAC